GAAACAAUGAGCAGGUCAAUGCGCAUUUCAAACGGCACCUGCAGUGUCCCAUACAGCGCCUUCUACGUCUAGGAGCUCCGGGCUUCACAUGACUGCGCAUCAUCGGUCCAGUAGAUGGCAAUUGAAGGUGAGUGGUGACGUCACUCGGCGUGAGAAUCGCGUCCGAAUCGGUUAUGACGUUGUAGAGGGAAAUCGCUGUGCCUCCCGGUAACUGGCCGGUGUCUGUCUGUUCGGAAUCGUUUGUAUUUCAUUAACCCAACUCUUUAGGAAGGUUUUCUGCUUGCUGCCGGAGUUGCCAAGUAUUGUGGCGACUUUUGGAGAAGCAAACGGAAUUGCCCCGGUCAGAUCUUCAAAAGAUGUUGUUACUGACAAAUGUUGUACCUCCGAGCGAAGGCAUUCGGCAUGAAGAGCCCGAAACGACUGUGUUUUUGGACGGAAAGAGACUUGGAUCUGGGACACUCUAUGUUGCAGAAACUCGCCUAUCGUGGUUUGAUGGGUCCGGAAUGGGCUUCUCCCUCGAGUACCCGUCAAUCAGCUUGCAAGCGAUCUUGCACGACCUGGGCGUGCACCCGCAAGAGCACCUCUACAUGGUAGUGAACUCCGGAAUGAGCGAUGUGCCUAAAAAGCAGAGUAAAGCUGAGGAGGAGGAUGAUGAGGAAGGUGGCGGGAGCAGUGAUAGUGAACACUCCUCCUGCCCCGUGUCAGAGAUUCGUUUCGUGCCCAAUGAUAAAGCUUCACUGAAGUCCAUGUUCUCCGCCAUGUGUGAGUGUCACGCUCUUCACCCCGACUCAGAGGAUUCAGACUCAGACUUUGAAGGUGAUGAGUAUGACGUGGAGGAAGCAGAGCUAGGCCAAGAACAUCUGCUUGACAUCUAUGAAGAAGGCAUGUCAUACCUGAGCCUCAAGGGUCAGGACACGGUGGAGUCCUUGGAGGAGGUGCCGGAGAAGCCUGCAGCACAACAGCUGCAUGUGGCUGGCGUUAGGACUGAGAGCACCCCUACAGGACUGGAGGGAGAAAACCAGAAAGACUUGGGCCAGCCGGUGGAGAGGGGGGAGCUAGCAGAUGCUGAUGUUGAUCUCUGCACAGAUCCUGAUCUCGUGUUUCAGACCAGACCACUCCAGCAGAAGGGAGAUCCAAAGCCACAAGGCAGCUGAGACUUGAGAGCCUGCCAGGCCCAUAAAUGUCACUUGUGUGGUUUGAUUCUGUUCACCUGCUAAUUUCUUUUCCAAUACUAAUGUGCACAAAUAACUGUCGCGUUACUGUUGGUAACAUAGCAGCACCAGAUGUCUUUGUAUGAAAUUUAGUUUACAAAAAAAAAUUAAUUUUUAGCAAAAGAUUGAGUAAAAACAAGCAGGCCUAUCACUAAUUGAGGGGAAGAAUCAUCUAUUUAUUUGGCUCUGAUUGGACGGUAGCUUUUGGAUAACAGCAGACGUUCUACCUAAUUCUGUAAUUAAGGCUGUUUCCAAAUUACCAACCACGGUCUUGCAUGACUGCUUUGGUUUACAGCAGCAUCUUUUAGGUGUUCUGUUCCUGGAAGUAUGGUACCAGUGAUGACUGGACUUGCUAAGACUUACCCUUAAGCGAUUAGAUCACAAAUACUACAGUGGUUUGUGUGUGUGUCCACGCGUGCAUGCGCGUGUGAUGUGUAAGCAAUAAAGAGACUGAAUAUGGUUG